AUGAGUGACCAGUACUUGCAGGAAGCGACGGCGAAGAACAAGGAUAAAGCCAAGAAAACGGACAGUGACAUCUCACUGUCCGUUUACCUGGUCACUCAUCUCACUAUCACUCGAGUGACAGAAGCGACGGCGAAGACCAGGGAUAAAGCCAAGAAAACGGACAGUGAGAGUGACAGUGAGAUGAGUGACAAGGAAGCGACAGCGAAGAACAAGGAUAAAGCCAAGAAAACGGACAGUGAGAGUGACAGUGAGAUGAGUGACCAGGAAGCGACGGCUAAGAACAAGGAUAAAGCCAAGAAAACGGACAGUGAGAGUGACAGUGAGAUGAAUGCCCAGGUAUAUGAUAAAGUAAUUGUCACGGCCCAGGCGCACACUAGUGCGCAAUCAUCUGGGAGCCGCGCUGAGCGCACCUCCAAGCUUGAGUGACGCGCGCGUCACUCAAGCUGCUGCAGGCAGCUGCGUUCCAUCUUCAAUCAAUGAGAGG